GUCAACAAAUACUUGGAGGGGGACGACUGGCUGGUGUAUUUAGUCAUGUCUACCUGCUUAUUAUACUUAUUGUGAUGGAUACUGCAGCUGGGAGGGAGUACCAGGAGGGAGGGAAGCCACAGAUGAAUUGGGAGGAAGGUAUUGUCACUGGAGCUGAGGAAGCCAUCCAGUCAUCCGGAGACCAAGUACAAGAUGAAAUAUAUUCACAUCAGCAAACAAUUGAAGCUCUUCAGAAUGAAAACUACAAAUUGAAGAUCCAAAAUACUGUUUCCUCGUCCAAUUCAAAGACAGUCAUAGAGAAGUACAAAGCAAAGAUUCAAGAAUUCCAGGGUGCUGUUAACCAGCGGGAUCAGAUGAUAGGCAAGCUGCAGACAAGACUAGCUGAAUGUAUACAGAAUCAAGAUGACUUGCAAGCAGAUGUCCUCCAGCAGACUGAAACAUCUGCAAGAGAAAUUGAAACUUUAAAGAUGCAGCUGAAAGAGACUACUGACAGUCUGUUAAAUAAGAACUGGUCAUCUGGGAUAAGUCAACAUGAACAUCUGCAGCUAAAAAAUAAGUUGAUCUACAUUCAGCAAAAUAGAGCACAAGACCAACAGAUGCUAGAACAACUUACUAGGCAGCUUAGCCAGAAAAAUGAGGAAUAUGGUCACCUUGAGUGUCAGUAUAAACAUGUUCUUCAGAAGUCUCAGGAAAUAAAGUCAAAUGCUGAUAAGUUGGGCUGUGAACUAAAUGAAAAUAAAGACAUAAUUGAGAAAUUAAAAGAAGAAAACUCAGGUCUUAAGACUAGAAUGCAGCAGCUAGAAAAUCGUCAGGAUGCUGAGUUACAAGAGUUGUCUUCCAAGUGGUAUAAAGAAAGAGAAAUGAUGGAAGACCAGUGUAAGCGCAAGGAAGAUGACUUACUAAAAUUGCAAAAUGAAAACAAGGCACUGGAAAAUAAUUUGAAUGCUGCAGAAAAGAUGGCUGAGGAUAAACUGAAAGAAGUUGAGGAGGAAACACAGAGAAUAAUUCAGAGAGAACAAAUUGCUAAAGAGAAAUCAUCUUACGAAAUUCAGAAUCUUAUGAAGCAGCUUCAGGAAAUCACAAUGGAACUGACACACACAAAAGAAAAUCAUCGAGUGCAGCUAGCCACUACUGAAGAGCAGUUUGAGAAGCAGCUCACUGCCAAGAAGCAGCAGAUGAGUGAAAUCCACCAUGAAGAGUUAUUGAAAAUAAAAUCUUCACAUAAUUCUGAGCUUUCUCAACUAACACAUCAAAUUGAUGCUUUGGAGAAAACACAGAAAGAAGAUCAUGCAAGUCUUAUAAAGAAUCUGAAUUCUCUUAAUAAUCUUAAUCUUAGUCUUAAAGAACAGCUGGAAGGAGAAAAAGCUAAACUUAAGAAUCUUGAACGUUUAGUACACGAACUGAGUACAGAGAAAGAACAAUUGAAAGUGGUAGUAGAAGGAAGUAAGGGAAGAGAGAAAGAUUUACAGCUUAGUCUGAAACAGGAAUGUGCUAACAGAAAUGCUUUUCAACAGAAAAUAGAAGAACUUAAUAGGAAAUAUGUGGAAGUAGAGAACAUGGCAGAAAAUUUCAAGAGAGAAAUUGUGGUACUAAAUGAAAAUUUGAAAGUAGAAGCUGAAAAGAGAUCCUCUGUUGAAAAUCGCCUUGCCUUGGAAUUACAAAAUGUGAAUAACCUGUCAGAGGAGAAGGCAAAUUUAGAAAACAAAUUAGAAACUAUAAAUUGUCAAAUGAAGAUCAUGUCAGAUGAACUAUUAAAGAGUAAAGAUUCCAAAGAAAAUCUAAAUCUUCAGUAUCAGGAAACCUUACAGAGAUAUAUGGAAAUUGAACUAGAACUUAAUAAGUGCGAAAAGCUCGUUGAAGAGUACGAGUUAACCUGUGAAAGACUGCAGAGCAAAAUAGAGUUUUGGGAUAGAGAAAGAGAAAGCCUUGUAGAUGAAUUAAAACACUGUAUCAAAGUCAUGAAAACAGAAAUACCAGUGAUUGAAAUUGAAGUCAAGAGCAGCUUAGAGCAGAAGGAUGAAAUUUAUCAUCUUAGAUGUGAAAAUGAGCAGCUGAUCAAAAGAUGUGACGAACUUGCUCAGUAUGAACAAGAGUGUCAAAUUCUUCAAGAAAAUCUGUCACAGAUGUAUUCUGCUCUUGAAGAAGCUGAAAAUAAAAAUAAGAACAUUGAUGAACUUCGAGAAAAAUAUUUAGCAUUAUUUGAACAAUGUCAGUCAGUAGAAAUAAAAAGAAAAAGAAUAGAGGAGGACUGUGAAGAGAAGUGCGAGUGUUUGAAUGAGAAACUUCGAAGUUUAGAUUCUAAACUAGCAGCAGCUAGUGGCUUAACUGGUAAGUUCCAAGAAAUUAGUGACCAUAAUAUGUCUGUGGAACAAAAAUUGCAUAAUGUUGUACUAAAAUUAAAGGAAGCUGAAGAUAAUGCAGGUUUUCUAGAAGGAGCUCUGAUGAGUGCCACUCUUGAAAAAGACACUCUGGUAUCUGAAUUGAAACAAGCUAGAAUUGCUCAUGAUAGCAUGGAAAGGGAGAAAAAUGAAUGCGAGACAGACCGUGACAGAAUGUUGGAGGAAUACAAGAUGAUGAAGGCAGAAUUGGCAAGCACACUACUUGCUCUUGAUAGGGAAGUCCAGUUAUCCACACAUCGCCGGUUAACUAGUGAUGUUGGCGUGUCUGUUUCAACUUCAACGUCUUUUGAAACAAAUGCUGGGCAUGGUGGUAGUUUUACAAAUGAUAAUCACCAUCUUGAAGGCCAUGCUGAUAAAGAUGUUGUAAAAGAAUUUAACAUUUCAGCUAAAAUUACACUUAAACCACAGGAAAACGAAGAAAAACUUGAUACAUGUUGUGAAGACAAGAUUCAUAACCUUGAGAAAGAAAACAAAGAGCUUCUGAAUGAAAUAGAGAAACUGAAAAGCAAGGUCCAUGAUCAACAUUUUGGUGUAAAAUCUCUCGAGAAUGAGAAGUCCAAAUUAAAGAGGAGACUUGGUGAAUUAGAAACUGAAAAAGUUAAAAUUAGGGAAAAACUGGAAGAAUACCAGAAAGAGAUAAGCAAAAAGAUGGACCUCCAAAAACAGCUAGAUGAAUUAAAGCUAACUGUUCAUUUAACAGAGGAUCAUUUAAAAAAACAAGAAGACGAAAUGAAUCUUCUUAAAAAAUCACUGGAAGCUAUUGUAUUGAUUGAUAAGCCAGAUUGCACAGAAAAGUUAAAAGAAAUUGUCAAUAAUAUUGAAAUUUCAGCUGUAAAGGAUAAAUCUAUGAAUAGCUUCAAUUGCUCAAAUUAUUGGAAAACUUUUGUAUCAUGUCAGUCUGAGGAAUUGCAGUGCAUGUGCGAGGAAUUGAAUAAAUAUUUGUCUGAAUACUCUGAUCUUUUACAGUACUCAGAUAAGUUGCACGAAGAAAAGUUGCAACAUGAACUGGAAAACAUAUGUCUGAAAGUAGAAGUCGAGAAGCUUAAACACUUAAAAAGCGCUGUUGGUGGUUCUCCGAGUAAGGAAUUUGAGCCUGCAUUCUGUGAAGCUAAACCAAAUAUUGAAGAUGAGAGUGAAUUUUUGAGAGUACAAAGAGAGCUUCUGAAAUACAAACAUGAGAAUGAAAAACUUCAUCUGCAAAUGAAAAAUCAUAAGACACUUCUUAGGUUGGAGAAACUUCACAUCCAGUCAUCCAGGAUAAAUUCAGAAAAAGAGACUGAUAUAUCUCUGGACACUAGAGAAAUGGUUAUGGCUUUUGUUGGAAUGGAGCUGGAGAAGCUUGUUGAAGAUUGGGAAUGUCAAAUGAAGACUGAUUCUACACUGGUUGACUUUAUAUCUGCACAGACUCUCAAAGUUUGUGAAAUCAUAAGAAAAUUACCAGACUCCUUAGGUGAGAGCUCAGAUGGGGAGACUUACGUGGAAGCAGCCAUGAAGCUUAUUAGACAAGCAGUCAUUAAGAAUGUAGGUGGACAGUAUAUGGGGAUUGUGAAGAGUCUCUUGGCAAAAUUGGAUAAAGACAUAACAAAAUCCCUUCAAGUUACUCUGCCAGCAGUUCUUCUGGAUUUGCUGAAGAACAUAUCAUUAUCAGAAGAUAAUAUUGACAUUCACCACGAUGGCAUCCAUGAUGAAGAGGUAAAGAGCAUCACAGAUAAGGUGGAGCAUCUCAUCAAUGCAAGAAAUACUCUUGUAGAAGCUGCAAAUGAAUUUGUAGAGCAGUUAGAAGCAGCUGUGUCGUUACGAACAACGUGUAUCAAGCACGAGCUUGAUGAUUUGAUUAAGUUAACUACUCUAAAAGUAGUAGCAAAGGAGAAUGAAGAUGGUUCGAAAGCCUCCACACCAGAUGACACUAGCCUCCAAGGGGAUGUUAAGCAACAGUUUGUACAAGAGUUUAUGGAGGUCACCACCAACAUCUAUCAAGAAGCACUCUCAGAGAAGCUUCAGAUUCUCAAAAAUCAGAUGAUGAUGGUCCACAAGAUUCUGGAGGAUAACAAAGCAAAGUUACACAAUAUUUGCCAAGAACAUUUGGAGGAUCUGAGGAGUGUGACCACUCUCUCAGAUGCACUCAAGUAUAGUGAGGACCUAGUUUCAUCUCUGGAGAAAACUCUGGCAGAAGAAGUAUCAUGGGUGGAACAGCAGUAUAAGGAGUUGCUGGAACAAUACAGUUAUGAGCAAAACCUUCACAUGGAAUCACAGUCUCUCACACUCCAGGAGCUGAAGAACAGACUUGUUGGUUUGUUCAAAAAUACAGAUGUAGAGGCUGAGCUUAAAGAGCUGAAGACUCAUCAUAAAUGUGAGCUCAGCAAACUAAGGGAGCAACAUGCUAUGGAGGUUCAUCGUCUUGAGCACCAACUGGCCGCCAGAGAUCAAGAAACGUUGAUGGCCUUAGAUGACGAAGUGGAGCAGAUUCGUGCUCAGAUUGAUCGCGACCUAGAUGUUAGGUCUUGCAUCUCUAGCGCAUUGUACUCUGAGCUUGAAAACAUCAAAAUUCAGGUUACGCAGCUGGAAGAUGCAAAUGGCAAGCUUCACAAGAUAAUAGAACCUGCAACUGAUGUUAACUCUGUCCUAUUCCAGCGGCACCUGCAGAGCCUCUACAGUGACAGGGACUGGUACAAGAAAACAGUGGGCCUACUGUCACAUGUAACACUACAGUUACUACAUUACUACAGUGUUGCUGAAAGUUAUACUAACAAAUCUCAAGAUCACAAAAUGAAUGAAGACCAUGGUUCCAUCGAGCAGCCUGAGUUGUCUAGUGGCAAGAUUGUGGAUCUCUCAUUUUUAUCUGAUUGUAUGCCAGAUGACAAUUAUGCCAGCCAACUACACAUGCUCACAGAAGACAGUGUUCUCUCAACAGGACUUCUUGGCAAGACAGUUUUUGCCUAUCAUAGUGAAGAUACAGAGGUAGCAAGUAACUCAGAAUCAGUGUUAGAUAGUACUGCAAUGAGUGAAGGAAUGCUGGAGGAUAUGGACAAGGACGAGCAAGUCCGUAAUAUACUCACUAAAUCAUACCCACAGCUGAUGUCUAUUUUGAAAGGCCGUUGGGAUCGGGUAGUUGUGGAAAAUUUGGAGAAGGAAGUUCAGGAGUUAACCAUUUCACUACAAGCUUCAGCAGGAAUGUUAAAAAUAUUUAUGCAUUCACUAUCUUCUGAUAAUCAAGAAUUUUCUUCUCACACUGUUAAAGAUGAAAUUGAAAGUGAUAGUGUGAAGGAGACAGUGAAUGAUCUGAGUCAGCAUCACAUUAGUGAUACUACUAGUAAAGAUGAGGAUAAUACAAUGGGUAAUGCUCCAGAAGAUGACAAAGUACAGACAAAGCCUGAAGAGAAAAGUGAAUCUGGUGGCUAUGGGACUUUAGCAGCUGUGUUUAGUGCUAAAAAGAAACUAAUGCAUCUUUUGAAAAGCACUGAGAAAAUGCCUCAUUUACUGGAGGAUACUGCAGGUGUGCCUGAUCAGCCAUCACUCUCUCAGGUAUUCACUGCAUUAUCUCCACAAGAUCUUAAUGAUCUCUCAGAGAGCCUCAGCCUCUUACUGAGCCAAGAUGAAUCCUUCAUGAAUUUGACCACACUAAAGCACCAAGAACUUAAGGAUAUUGAUAAACUGAAGGAUGUCCUGAGACAACUUUGUCAGAAUGCCCAGGCGACAGAGCAUCUUCAAGUAAAACUACACCAUUUAGAGGGCUUACUGAGGGGCUUGCAGGACGAGAAGAAAGCGUUAAAAGAUGAAAAUAAUCGUCUGAACCACUACAGCAAGAACCUUGCGAUGGAGCUCCAGGUUGCCAAGGAUCAAAUAGAAGAACUAGAGCUAGGGCAGCAGGGUCAGGGAGGGGGAACGGCUACUACUCAGUAUGCGGCAAGAAUGGAAAGCUCAAAAGACAUCAGAGAGAGGGGUACAGUGGAGAAUUUAGAGCGACAGUUGCGGGAAAAAUCCCAAGAACUUCAGGACGCUCUUGCCAGUAGAGAGGAAAUUCAAGUUGAACAUAAAGCCGCUGUUGAUAAGAUAUGGGAUCUGCGAGAAAUAAUCCAGUCCCUCGAGGCUCAAGUUGACAGCAAGUGUGUGGAGGAAGGUGACCUGAAUGCUCAGAUCGAGAACUUAAAAACUUCCCUCUCCCAGGCACGACAGCAGUCCCUGGAUCUUGCUACUCAGCUAGAGGAACAUCAGUGUGCAAGAAGCGAACAAGGUAAUGGGCACAGCAGAGAGCAGUUACUCACUCAGGGAUCACGAGUUGAGUCAGAAGAAGAGGAGGAGGAGGAGGUUGAUGCUCAACUUGCUAAUGCCUCUCUCUUUAUGGAACUGAGAGAUGAGUACGGGCAAGGCACACACAAUGUGUCAAAUCAAACACUGCUUCAAACCAUCGAAGAACGUGUGGAGCGAACUACCCGGGAACUGGAAGCUUUGCAGUUGUCUGUAUCCUCUGCUUCACAUUCUGCUGAGGAUCUUUCACUACAGGAUGUUCCGCCUUUACAAGAAAUAGAGGCUGACCAUGCCUCUUUAUUACCUGCAUCCGUUGAGUUUCGAUUAGAAGACAAACUUCUUACACUUGAGCGCACCAUGGAAGCAGCUGUGAAACGUACUCGAGACCUUGAAAUGACUCUGAAAAACCUUAGAGUGGAUUAUGAGGAAGUGACUGCAGAACGAGAUAUGCUUCAGGAACUUUCAAAAGAGCAGCUAAUACAGAUCUCUGGUCUUGAGGCUCGUUUAGAUGAAAUUCGUCGUUCAGAUCAUCCUAUGACUUCUGAACUCAAGCAGAGGAUUAAUGCAGUUCAAGAAGAUCUGGAAAAGAAAAGAAGUGAAUUAGCCAAAAAGGGAAGAGAGAUAGAGGAACUUAAACAUAAUCUGUCGAGUACCAGAGGAAAGCUGAUGUCACGUGAGGAGGAACUAGAACGAAUACAGUCAAUGACACAGCCUCACAGUCUUCCUCAAACCACUUCUGACCAACUUCUCACAAAGCAGAAACAGCUGGAGGAUGAAAUAGCUUCAAAAAAUAACCUUAUUGAUAAUUUGAAGAAGGAGCUUGUAAGUGCUAGUCAACCAGAUAUUAUCCCAUCAACAUUAGCUCAGAGUCUUAUAGAAGAUAAAAAUGCUGAGAUAAAAGAACUGAUUGAGCAACUUAUGACUAUAAAAUCUAGAGUCAGUGAGGUGAUCACACACAUUGCAAAUAAUGGAAGUCUUGUGGAAUGUCAAAACCUGCUUCAGAAUAUUCUUAGAGGACGUAAUGAAUUCUGUAGUCAACUAAGUGAUACUGAAACUCCAGAAGUUCUGAGAAAAUCAUCGAUGGUACAUCAUCCCGAUUCUGCUACUAUUGAGAUGAAUAGUAUCAAGGAAGGUCACUCAGCUGUCAACAGUUCCACUGGUAAAAGUGAGGAAGGAGUGUCCAUCACUCAUCCAUCAAGUGUUGACUUGACUUUCAUGUCUGUACAGCCUGAGGCUCCCAUUGAGUUAUCAAAGGUAUCAUCUCAUGACUCAAGCAUAACCAAGGGGUCACAUGUGUCAGAAGAUAACAAAAUUGGUGAAUCAUGUCUGUCUUCAUUGGCUGCUGCUGCUACUACUGCUGUUACUGCUGCUGCUACAACUACUACUACUACUGCUGUUACUGCUACUGGCAAGGAGGAUAAGGAAAUGAAUGGAGAAGAGAAUGCAGUUCUUCAUACUUCACCAGUUGAUGAAGAAAUAACUAUAACCAAGGAAGAGUAUGAAAACCUGUGUUCAGCUAGUGAUGAAGUUACUGUCCUUAGGGCUCAGAUAGACCUUUUGCAGAAGGAGAUAACCAACUUAAAUAACUACCAGGCAAGGCUAGAAGAAGAUUUCAAAACAGCUCAAGAUCUAUUGGCAGAUCGUGAAGAAGAGAUUAAUCAGUUAUCUGAGGAAAUUGAGGACAGUGUGCCCUUGCCUUUACCUUCAGAAACUAUUCAGAUGCAAGACAGGUGUUUAAGGCUAGAAGAACAGGUUGUAGCACUACAAGAAACACUGUGCGAGACACGUGCUAUCAGCAGAGAAUAUGAAGAAGAAAUUGAAAAACUUAAUCUCAGAGCUAAAGAGUUUAAUGAAGAAGUUAAAGAACUCCAGGGAAGUAUAAAACUUCUUAGAGAGGAAGUGAAGCAGAAAGAUGAGGUACUUAAUGAAAAGGAAAUAGUUUUACAAGAAAUAAAACAUCAGAUGAAAACAGAUGCUGAUCAGCAUAAACAGAAGCAGGUUGACUUGAAAGAGGAACAGAUACUUCGAGAAAAGCAGUUGUGUAGUGACUAUGAGGAACGAAUGGCAGCUCAGGUGAGUGAUUUGUCAGUAAAGCUCGGCAAGGACAAGGAAGAGGCAGUUGCUCGACAGCAGCGUUUCUACGAGUCAGCUUUGCGCGAGGCAAACUUGGAAAAGGAGCAAAUUCAGAAGGAGUUGCAAGAACAUCUUCAAAUAGCAGAUCUAUGUAAUAGAAGUCAACAGACAUCCCAUCUAUGUGACUCUCUUGAUGCACUGAAUGCUGGUGUGAAGCAGGAACUUGACAAGUCUGGCCAACUGGACAACACUUUAGUAUCAUACGUAAAACAUGGCCAUGCAAGGGGAGAACUAGAACUCUCUACAAGAGCCUCCAGUGCUGUCAGUGACUUAAGUGAAGAAGAUGAGCCUUGUGUUGUUGCAAACAAAAUCCAAAGAUUGAUGAAUAAAGUUCAUAGGGAGGGCAUAGAGAUGCUUACCUUGAUAGAACUGAUGUUCUUGCAAAAGCAUCAGACACAUUUGGACAGCAGUCAAAAGUCUCUUAUAAGUAAGAGUGGAUUGAUAGCUUCUGGAUCGGCAGAAGGAUCCAUUGCUGACUCAGAGGAGAGGUCACACCAAUAUGGACUAAGAACAGGUGUCGCCCCAGGAGAAAGAACACAACUACUUCGUCACAUGGCAGCUUUAGAGGAGGAACUUAGCAAGAGUGAGAAAGAGAUGAAGGCGAAAGUUGGCUUGGUAGAAUUUCAACUGGAACAAGAAAAAAUGUCUGGAGCUGAAUGGAAAUUAUCAUUUGAAUCUGAAAAGAAAAGAACUCAGGAGUUGAUGGAGCAAUUAAGGCAGUUAAAACUUGGUUCUGUAGACAGAAUUUCAGAAUUAACACUUCUGCGCUCACAGCUGUACAUUCUUCAGCUUCAGUAUCAGAAAACUCGAGAAGAAAAUAUUAACUUAAGUGAAAGCCUGGAGAGUUCUAAGAAAGAGGUAGAGACACUGACAGAAGCUUUGCAGGCAGAGCGUAACAAUUUCAGUCGUGUUUCAAAAGUUCUUAACCAACAACGGCGAAUGGCAGCUGCGACUCGAGCUCAACAGGAGAAUGUCAUCAAGGGCCUUCAUAAUACACUGGAAAAAGAACGUGAGAGAAUUAUGGGCCUCUACACUCAGAUGGCUGAAGCUGCUAAUCAACACCCUGGUGAAAGACCUGACAGGACCUGCACUACAUCAAGACUUAUGGAGCUAGAAAAAGCUCCUACUAAGGAUGGCAGUACAGUUGGCAGAUCUGCUGUUGAAGAUCUCAAGAUGCAGCUGGUAAUUCAACAAGAGCGCUUUACUGAAAUACAGAGGUUAUAUGAGAGAGAGCGACUGAAAGUUGUAACCCAGAAUGAACAAGCACAUGCUGAGAGAGCAAGAGCAAGAGUUGAUUUGAUGGAAGAACAGGGUAAAUAUGCAGAAUUGACAAAAACAGUCAGGAAUUUAGAAAUGGAAAAAGACUCCUUAAUGAGACAGAUAAGCCAUGAUCGGGAACGUUUACAAUAUCAAGAGUCACGCAUUCGAGAGUUAGAAGGAGAAAAAAGGAAGCUUGAGGGUGAUUUAAGAGCUCAAGCUGAUGCCCAUCAAGCUGCUUCUCACAGGGCUCGUGAAGAAGAUGCAGAACUUCAUAUAUCAUACACACGUACUCUAAAUAAAUUGGGAGAGACAGAAGCAGAGCUUUGUACAUUGCAUCAAAAAUUAAGAAUAAUGACCAAAGACUUGGAACUAGCCCGAGAGAAAGAACAGCAACUACAGAAAGAUCUUGCUACUGAGAAGAUGGCUAUAAAUAGACUUGGUCUAUCUGCCUUAGCAAGAAUUAAUAACCUGGAUGAUUAUUUUGAACUGCAGCUUGAAGAAAAUUUGGAACUUUGCAAGUCUGUAUUGCGGUUGACUGAUGACAGACAAUUCACGAGGAAGAAAAUUGUUGAACUGGAAAAUACUGUUGCUGAUCUCACGAGACAACUUAAUAAAUCAAAUGCUAGUACUAAUAAAAGUCCUGAUAUCGAAAAAGUACUUAAGAUGGAACGCUCAGUGUGGGAAAGAGAGAGAGCGUCACUACAAAAUAUAAUUUCACAGAAAGAGACUGAAGUGACAAGAUUGCAGACAGAAGCUGGAUCUAGGACGCCUCAAAAUAUUGGCAAUGCUCAGCUAAAUGAUGAGAGAAUGCAGUACAUUUGUGGAAAAUAUAUACGAAGUGAGCACUGGCGUAAGGCACUUAUUUGGCAAAAGCGAUACUUGCUUGUAGUUAUAAAGGGGUUUAGGGAAAACGAGGAAAACGCCUUGUCUCGACUGCACACUAUGGCAAGUCGAGUUAAUGGAACUGUCCAAGCUGAAGCAGCAGAAGUUAUGUCUAAUUUUCGAGUACAGCCAACACACAGAUUCAGGGUUGGAGUUUUAGCAGUAAUUGCAAUCAAUCGGAUGAAAAACAUGGUUCAAAGAUAUCUUCGGAAAAGACAGUUUGGGCCACAGAUUUUUUUCUCUCUGCCACAUCCAGCCUUUACUAUUACAUCUACUCCAGAAGCUUCAGAGAGCAGCAGAAGAGGAUCAUAUGACCAAGGUAUAGCUGGAAGAAGUUUUAUAAACACUUUUACUGGUCAAACUCCUCCUACCAAAGGACCAUCAAGUAUUUCCAAUCAGUUGUGGUCUGCACCUUCCUCCUCACGCAGGAACCUGUUCCAUGAGGAGGAUUCUCCAAGACUAAAUGAGUAUAUUGAAAGACUUGAUAAUAUACAUUCAGCACUGGGGUUGAAUCCAAAGAACAUUUAAAUUUGAUGUAAUAUGUAUAUAAAUCAUAUACAAUCAAAAGGAAGUACCUAUUAACCAUAAAAGCAGGUCACCCUGCCUCGGUGGCCGGCCGGUUCGUUGAAAUAAAAAAGAAAAAAAACUACUAUACUUUGGCACAGUCCCCAUUUUACCUCCAUAGGUAAGCUUUUCUUACCACCACAGUAAUAAUAUAAUCAAACUAAACACUAAACAGAAAAGGGUCAUAAAGAGCUUUCCUUACCACAGAUACCUCAACACACUAGCUACUUUUUUCCCCCCUCAUCUGUUCUAUGAUUCACUUCAUCUUUGAUAAACCCAUUUGCUGACAUGUUCAUAACCAAAUGUCUCAGUACGUUCCUUUCCUCCAUGCUCACUCCAGUCUCGUAUCCAGGUUUUAUUACCCAUGCUAUUUGUUACUCUUAUCACCUUUUUUUUUUUUUUUUAACACAUCGGCCAUUUCCCACCUAGGCAGGGUGACCCAACACCUUCACCAUCACUCAUAUAUAAUCACUGUCUUUGCAGAGGCGCUCAGAUACGGCAGUUUAGAUGUCCCUCCAAAUUGCCAAUAUCCUAAACCCCUCCUUUAAAAUGCAGGCAUUAUACUUCCCAUUUCCAGGACUAAUGUCCAGCUAUCUGGUUUCCCUGAAUCUCUUCACAAAAUAUUACCCUGCUCACACUCCAACAGCUCAUCAGGUCCCAAAAACCAUUUAUCUCAAUUCACUCCCAUCUAACACGCUCAUGCACACUUGUUGGAAGUCCAAACCCCUCUCCCACAAAACCUCCUUUACCCCCUCCCUCCAACCUUUUCGGGGAUGACCCCUACCCCACCUUCCUUCUCUAAUAGAUUUAUACGCUCUCCAAGUCAUUCUGCUUUGUUCCAUUCACCUUUAAUUUCCUUUUACAAAUCCUCCCAAACUCACCGUUUGCAAGUUCUUUUCAAAAAUUCCAAAAGUUUGUGUCAUUGGAAAAGAGCAACUGUGUCAACUUCCACUUCCUCAUAUUUGUUAUCAUAUAAUCCCAUACCUCUUCUCAACACUAUAGCAUUCACUUCUUUUAAAACCACAUCUCUAAAUAUAUUAAACAACUAUGGUGGCAUCACAUAUUCCUGUAUAAGGCCUAUUUUUACUGGAAAGUUUUUCUCUCCUGCAUAUUCUAAUUUGAGCCUUACUCUUUGCAUAUAACUCUUUACUGCUCUUAAUAACCUACCACCUAUUCUGUACAUUUACAACAUCAACCACGUUGCUUCCCUUCCUACCCUAUCAUAUGCCUUUCUUAAAUCCCAGAAUAUGACAAACAGUUCCAUAUUCUUAUUUAAGUAUUAGAUAAGAGUACAGUGAACCCCAGUUUACGAUAUUAUUUCAUUCCAGAAGUAUGUUCAGGUGCCAUUACUGAACGAAUUUGUUCCCAUAAGGAAUAUUGUGAAUUAGAUUAGUCCAUUUCAGACCCCAAACAUACACGUACAAACACGCUUACAUAAAUACACUUACAUAAUUGGUCGCAUUGGGAGCUGAUCGUAAACCGAGGGUAUACUGUACUUGGUUUGUACAUCUCCUACCCUUCUUAAAUUUCUUCUUUUUUCUUCAGUUGUAUUUUCUUAAGUUAAGCUUCUUCAAUAAUUCUGUCAUAUUCUCUACCAAGUAUACUCAGUAAGCAUAUUUCCGUAUAAUGCCUACAUUCUUGUCCCCUUUUCCUCAUAUUCAAAAGAAUUAUGCAUACACUGUCAAGCCUUAGUUCCCUUACUUACCUUCACACACACAUUGAAUCAGUACAUUGAUCACUCCAAAACUAUAUCCCAUCUGCUUUCAACAUCCCAUCUGCUGUACUCUUUUAUUUUAUCCACUGCUUUAUGCACUUCUCCCACAUCCUUGUCUGGCUGUCCUUUACUCCAUGAGAUAUUACUCAUUCCUGCCUAAUGCAUGAAAUUAUUUUAUUCUUGUCAUCAACAUUUAAAGAGCAUCUUUACAGUACUGCCACCUCUCUUGUGUAUCCUCGUUCAUUUUCAACUGCCAAAUCCAUGUGUCCCAUAGGCAAAUGAAGACUUACUCAUCCCUCUGCUCUUAUUUUGCACUCCCUCACCAUUCUUAACUUCUCUCCAUAUACUCUGCCUUCUGCAUAUCAUUUGUAAAUUGUAAGACCUCUUUUAUGUCAAGUUUUUCUCCCUUGCUACUAUUUUUACAUCAUUCCCUCAUUCAGCCUGUGCCAACCCUCCUGCAACUACAUGUCUGCUGUGCACUCCAGCACUGCAUUCAUAAAUCUACUUCAUAUGCUUCAACUUCUUUCCCAUUACUUGUACUCUCUAGCCCACCUUUCUCCCAUUAGUUACUGAUAUCUUUCUCUGGUUUCCUUCCAUCUAUUGUGACACUCGUGAACAGUGCUUGUCCCAAGUGAAACACUGUAAACAAAAAAUACUUCUUAUUAAAAUUAUUAUUUCUUUUAGUUUUCUAGUAGAAGUUAAAUUUAUUUUGGAGUUUUGCUGUGCUAGUGGUAAUUCUUUGUAUUUUAUGAAGAAUCUGAUAAAAAUUAAAUAUGCAGCUACUACACUUUAUCCAGAUUUGAAUACUCAUUGUUAAAUCAUAAAUGCCAGAUUUUAUGGAAGUUAUAUGUAAACUAAAAUAAAUUUCAGAAAAAUA